UAGUCAAAUCGGAUUCCUUAGGGAAGGGACACAAAUCACUCCCAUUUUAACAAGGGGAAUAACGCGGGAUAUACAGCCACAAGGGUCCACCUUUUCUUGAUUUGCCAUUUCUAAUUCAUUUGCUUUUUACACAAAGAUCUUUGGUGGAAAAAAAGACUAAGGAAGAAAAAACUUGUCAGUGAACGAUGACACACGAUCUGGUGCCGUCUGGAAGCUAUACUUGAUCCUAUUGUUUCUUAAACUGACAUCUGAGCUUUUUUUUUUACGAAGUCUCUUAAUACAGAAGGGACGUGGGCUAACCUCAAGUGAGCUUUUCGGCUUUUGCGCUUUUCUGAUAAAUUGACAUUUAAGAAAAAAAAAUCUGGAACGCGAUUUCCUGGCGCAGAAACCUGGAUGCUGAUACGCGUGCUUCUUUGAUACAGUUUUUUUGUUUGUUUGUUUGUUUUUUUUUGUUUGUUUGUUUUUUUUUUAAUUCAAGAAAGGGGAAGUAAAAAAAACAUACACCUGCAUAGAGAGCGCACUUUCGUCCGCACGUGGUGUACCGUUUUACCCAUCAUCUGAAGAAAAGGAUUCGGGAAAUAAAGGAGCAGCUAUCGUGGGAGUCCGAAAUAAUCUGUUUUCAUGUUUGGGAUUCAGGAGAGCAUUCAAAGGAGUGGGAGCAGUAUGAAAGAGGAGCCGCUCGGAUCUGGGAUGAACGCAGUUCGAACGUGGAUGCAAGGAGCCGGAGUGCUGGAUGCAAACACGGCCGCCCAAAGUGGAGUGGGUCUUGCCCGGGCGCACUUCGAGAAGCAACCGCCGUCAAACCUUCGGAAAUCCAACUUCUUCCACUUCGUUUUGGCUCUUUACGACAGGCAAGGCCAGCCGGUGGAAAUCGAAAGGACUUCUUUCCUUGGCUUUGUUGAAAAGGAAAAGGAAACAAAUGGAGAGAAGACGAACAACGGAAUACACUACAGGCUGCAGCUCCUGUACAGCAACGGUAUUCGGACAGAGCAGGACUUCUACGUGCGGCUGAUUGACUCCAUGACCAAACAGGCGAUCAUAUAUGAAGGUCAGGACAAGAACCCUGAGAUGUGUCGAGUGCUGCUGACGCACGAGAUCAUGUGCAGUCGCUGCUGUGACAAGAAGAGCUGUGGUAACCGUAACGAGACGCCGUCCGACCCCGUCAUCAUCGACAGGUUCUUUCUGAAAUUCUUCCUGAAAUGCAACCAGAACUGCCUGAAGAACGCUGGGAACCCCCGAGACAUGCGGCGAUUCCAGGUCGUGGUCUCCACCACGGUGAACGUGGACGGUCACGUCCUGGCCGUGUCGGACAACAUGUUCGUGCACAACAACUCCAAGCACGGCCGGAGGGCCCGCCGGCUCGACCCCUCCGAAGGUACGCCGUCUUACCUGGAGCACGCUGCCCCCUGCAUCAAAGCCAUCAGCCCCAGCGAGGGAUGGACGACAGGGGGCGCCACCGUCAUCAUCAUCGGGGACAACUUCUUUGAUGGGCUGCAGGUCAUCUUCGGCACCAUGCUGGUGUGGAGCGAGCUCAUCACCCCCCACGCAAUCAGAGUGCAGACCCCACCCCGACACAUCCCUGGCGUGGUCGAGGUCACCCUGUCCUACAAGUCCAAGCAGUUCUGCAAAGGAACGCCGGGCCGCUUCAUCUACACAGCGCUGAACGAGCCCACCAUCGACUACGGCUUCCAGAGGCUGCAGAAGGUCAUCCCGCGUCACCCCGGAGACCCCGAGCGCUUACCCAAGGAAGUCAUUUUGAAGAGGGCAGCAGAUCUUGUGGAAGCUCUGUACGGAAUGCCUCAUAACAACCAGGAGAUCAUCUUGAAACGGGCGGCGGAUAUCGCGGAGGCCCUGUACAACGUCCCGCGGAAUCACAACCAGCUGGCGGGUUUGGGGAACACCUCGGUCCACGGGGGCAUGAUGGGGGUCAACUCCUUCUCCGGCCAGCUCGCCGUCAACGUGUCCGAAUCCUCGCAGGCUACGAACCAGGGUUUCAGCCGGAACACGAGCAGCGUCUCCCCGCACGGCUACGUGCCCAGCUCCACGCCGCAGCAGAGCAGCUACAGCUCGGUCAGCACCAGCAUGAACGGCUACGGCGGCGCCGGCGCCAUGUCCAACCUGGGCGGCUCGCCCGGCUUCCUCAACGGGUCCGCCGCCAACUCGCCCUACGCCAUUGUGCCCUCCAGCCCCACGAUGGCGUCCUCCACCAGCCUGCCCUCCAACUGCAGCAGCUCCUCGGGCAUCUUCUCCUUCUCUCCCGCCAACAUGGUGUCGGCCGUCAAGCAGAAGAGCGCCUUCGCCCCCGUGGUCCGGCCCCAGACCUCGCCCCCGCCCACCUGCACCAGCACCAAUGGCAACGGCCUGCAAGAGCAGUCUUUUGUGGACUCUAGCAAGUACUCAACCUCCAGCUCACUGCAGGGCCUGGCCUUCCCCUGACUGAUCCCUGGGAUGAUCGUUCCUCCCAUGUAGAGGAUUUUGGAUCGGAGAAGAAGAGCACGUUCGACUACGUGGGUUUGAGUUCCAAGACUCUGGAUCUGGAUCAAAUCAAACCAUUGAAGAAAUGAAGUCUAACUCAGGCCUUGAUUUUUCUUUCUUUUUUUUUUUUUAAGAAGUCACAUUUGAACAAAAAAGAACAAUCACAGCAACUUUACCUGCUUUUUAAAUUUGUAACCAUUGUUGUACACUUUUUUGGAGGAAUGGGUAAUGUGAAGAUGUGAAGGCCACAAACUAGCCUGUUGUCUCCUGUGCCGACUAUAAGAAGGGUCAUUUCCUGUUUUUUUUUUGUUUGUUUGUUUUUUCCUGGAAAAGGUAUGCCUUUCCAUUUGCUUAUUUUUGUUGCGUAUUUUCUUUUCUCUGAGAAAGCAUUUGUGAUCGGCCAUUUUUAAUAGCUGUACUAUACACAAAGGAUGCCCAUUAGAGUUGUAUUUAUUUAUGAAGUCUGUCAGAGUGGUGUUAAAGGCAGAAAGAGAAGCUUACUGAGGCGUAGCCAUGGAAACGAUAGCAUGCAUUACGGAAUGCCGUAGGCAUGGAGGAGAGCCCUGUGGCGGAGUUGCCGGAGUUUCCGGGAGGGGAUUGUGACAUCACUCUCAGCUGUGCAAAGCAGGCACCCACCGCUGUUUUAAUUUGGCCCGGUCGCUGACGUCUAAGCGAAGCAUCAACGUUUUCCGCGGCGCGUGAUACGAGCCGAUCUCUGAGGUCAUCGGUAGUCUCCGUGCGCGUGCAGCUCCCCGACAGCCACAUGCCGAUGACGGACGAAUUGCCAACACAGCAACUCGUAGCCAUUCUGUUUCGUGAGAUUUGCUUUUUUUUUUUUUAGUGUUCAUUUCGCCUUCGACGCCUAUAAACCCCACAGAAACAAACAGCGGCCAUAAAACGAGCUUGUGAAGCCUUUCGUUUGAGAACAUCGGCGAUAAGUGCCACGUUAUGACGCUUUCAGCAAUGUGUCGCCCGAGCAAUCUGUAGUCCAACACUGGCUUUAUCCGGGGCUAGUCUUCUUGCCAAUAAGCCCUAAAGAACCUACUAUCACUGUCUGGUGUCUUAACAGAAGGCAAUGCCAAUGCAUUGUGUAUUUAAAUCUAGCCUAUUUUUAAAAUUGGUAUUUAUUUAUAAUGAAAAUAUAUGUUUUUUUUUUUUGUUUUUUUCCUAAAGAAUGUCACCCUGUUGACAUUUAAAAUGAGAGUGAAGGUCAUUCAUUAUGUGUGAUGCUGGAUGGCUCUGUCCUUCAACGCGUCAAAUCGCCAUUCUCCAAAGCGAGCUCGUUCUUCCAUUCCGCCGGCACGCGCUCUGUUUCACGUCCUCACACCGCCGUCUGAGCGCACUGUGUGUCUGAAGGCCUCUCCACGAAAUAGUUCCCAAACUCUGCCUGUCAGAGGAGACACAGGGGGGAGAGAAGGAAUCCAGAUUAAUUAAAGUUAUGUAUUUUUUAAACCUUUUGCUGCUAUUUAUUGCAGAAUUGCCAUUGAAAGAAAAAAAAAGAAAAGAAAAAAAAAACUAAAAAUGCAGUCUGGGGUUGUUGCCAUUUAACUUUCACUAAAUAAAUGAAAUGUUUUAUAUUUCUAGUAGGCUGUGGUGCUAUUUUUUGUUGAUUGGUCGAUAUAUAUAGUUUUUGUUUGUUUUAGUUUUGUUUGAUUUGCAUUAAACAAAAGAAUAAAUAACUGUGAUCAGGAGAGGUAGCUUCUCAGCGCGCGCUACGUAGCUUAUUUUCCUUUUGUGAAGGUUCCUGUUGGGAUGCUCCAGCGGUGGGCAGCAGGGACAGUGGAAAGUGACGGCUGUUUGUGGGGGCAGAAGGACCUGCGUCUUACCGCUGCAGACCGCUCGGCUUCGUAGUCUUACAGGAGCGUAACGGCCGCCCGCAGGGGCGUUCAGUCUAGACGCGUUCAGCCGCGGCGAUCUGGUGUAAGACGCUUACGAGCUGCCAGAACAACCUUUUUUACUUCAGUCGUUCACGAUCAUAAUGUGCGUAUGAACUGAGAAAGCAAUGCACCUGCUUUAUGUCUUAAAAUGAAGGACAGUGUACCAUAGUACUUAGAUUGAAUGGCCGCUACACUCUCCCCCCCCCCCACCCCCCACACACACACUCACUCACACAUUCACACAUGCAUCAGCAUAAAGGAACACACACACACACACACACACACAUAAUAAACCCACAAACAAACACAUGCACACAAACACUUGACUCAUCAGAUCUUUUCAGCUGUUUUGCUGUGUAUGUUUUGUUCAUAAAUAUAGUUUUCUUUUUGCCAAAAAACAAUGUUUUUGUUCAUAGUCUAAAAAUAUUUAUACAUCAAAAUGUCUUAAGGCAGCUUAUAUAGCGUAUAGUGUCACUGAGGUUUAAGUCACAGCAUACCCAAGACGUCACUAACAAUAGCUUUCUGAAAGAUCGAAGCAAAAGACUGAAUUUGCGAAAUACAAAGGGGAUUUCUGUAAAAUAUCCAUAUAAAUAAUGUAUGUAUCUCUGACAUGUGUACAUUGCUUCCCCUCAGUUUAUAUUGUUUUCUAUGUGUAAAAAAGUGAUGAAAUGCCGGUCUUAUUUUGUCAUUCAUGUUAUUCAUGUCAUUUAAGUGUAAUUUUGAUAUUUUCAUUUGUACUUAGUAUUUUUGUGUUGUUUAAAGCCAUGCUUCCAUUCUAUGUCCAUUAACACAAAAAAGCCAUCGUCUAUUUUUGUAUUAUUUGUAAGUUAAUGAAAAUGUUUAGGUUUUUUUUUUUUUUUGGAUUUGUUUAAUGUAUGAGAAAAUGAAGCAUCUUAUAUGAAUAGUUUUUCUUAGUUGCCUAGAUUUUAAAUGAAUAUGAAAUAUAUGCAUAUAUAUCUUUUGUUUUGCUUUUUUUUUGAGACUUACGGAUAUUGAUACUGUUUUUAAGCCUAUUAUAAUAUGCAUGGGAUGGGUUCCUCUGGACUGGGGGUUGCACUGUCUGCAGUGAAAACAGGGGGGGGGGGGACCCUUCUGGGUGAUGAAGGAUAAAAAAUGUUUUUUGCUUUUGUCACGUUGUUUUCAUUCGUAAUCAUUCUUCUCCUCCAUUAAUUUCACGCCACGCCCGGCUCGUACGUCCCGUCCUUCUUGUGUCAG